ACAUUAUGGCUAAAAAUUAUCAGUGAUAUUUGAUUUGAUUUUUUUUACUUUUCGUCUUUCUUAAUUCGCUUGAAUUAAUCAAUCAAAAAACAAAGCAAAAAAAUCAUCUGAAAUUCAAGAAAUGGCCAUACAAAAUAUUCAUAAACAAGCUAUACUUAAAUUGAUUAAUUCAUUUACAACAUUCAAAACUAAACAUCAUCAACAACAACAACAAUGCGAUGGUCAACAAUCCAAUAAUAAUAAUAAUUUUUUCACAUCUUCCAAUCAACAACAAUCCGAAUAUUUAUUAUUUAAAGAACCACAAACAUUGAUUGAUUUAUCAUCGUUAACACGUUUAGGUUUUAUUAUAUCAAAAUUUGAACAGUAUUUUCGUCCAAAUUUAUUACUUAUUAAUGGUGUUGGUGGUGGUAGUGUUGGUAAUAAUAGUGAUAAUAAUGAUAGUGACAAUAUUUUGGGCAUCCAACAACAACAACAGCCACAAUCUAAAAUAAAUAAUCAUCAAAAUUUAUUAUAUAAUAAUUUAGAAACAACCGCCAUACAACAACAAUCAUCACAACAUGUUCAAAUGUUAAUAUUAUUAAUACGUGAUUGGAUGUUACAAUUUUAUUUGGAUAAAAGAAUGGAAAGGCCAUAUAAAUGUGAAACAUGUUUGAAAACAUUUCCAACAAGUUAUAAAUUGAAUCGUCAUAAUUAUUCACAUUCCGGUGAAAGGCCUUAUAUGUGUCAAUGGCCUAAUUGUGAUAAACGUUUUAAUGAUAAUUAUCAUUUAAGACGUCAUAUGAAUACACAUACUGGUGAAAAACCAUAUCCAUGUAUUUAUCCUGGAUGUACAAAACGUUAUUCACGUUCAGAAGAUUUACCAAUCUCAAUCUGGAAAUAA